AGCAGCAAACGCAUUGUUCAGACUCAGAGUAAGAAGCAAAGUGAAGAGAAAGUAUUCGCCAUGAGUUCUGGAAACCCUAGCCUCAAAUCUUCUGUUUAUCUUGAUAAUAUGGAGGAGCUUGAGAAGGUUUUCAAGCGAUUUGAUGCUAAUGGCGACGGCAAGAUCUCUUCGACCGAGCUGGGCAAUGUUCUCAACGCCCUUGGCUCUGAGACUUCACCGGAUGAGAUCAAACGGAUGAUGGCUGAGAUUGAUACUGAUGGUGAUGGCUUCAUCGAUCUCAAAGAGUUCGCUGAUUUUCACCGCGGAGGUAAGAACGGAGAUUCGAACACCGCUGGUGGAAUGAAGGAAUUGAAAGAUGCUUUUAAUAUGUACGAUCGGGACAAGAACGGAUUGAUAUCGGUUACAGAGCUUCACAUGGUGUUGAAGAAUUUGGGGGAGAAGUGUUCCAUCCACGACUGCUCGAAGAUGAUUAGAUCCGUUGAUGCCGACGGUGAUGGCAACGUUAACUUUGAGGAGUUCAAGAAGAUGAUGACUAACGGCAGAGCUUCCGCUCAUUAGAACUGAAGAAUCUAUGAAUCCUGACUUUUGCUUAGCUACUUCA